CAAGCUCGUCAUCAUCUCUCUCUCGAGCACCUUCCCAAAUCAAUAAUUCAAAGCCUCUCUUACCUUCCUAAAUGGAGGUCAAGCUAUGGAACGAUAAGCGGGAGAGAGACAUGUACGAAAGCUUCGCAGAUCUAUUUGCAAUCAUCAAGGCAACAGAGAAGCUUGAAAAGGCAUACGUGCGUGACACAGUUUCCUCAGCCGAUUACGAACCAGAAUGUCAAAAGCUAAUCGCUCAAUUCAAAACACUCUCUUCUACCCUAAAAGACAUCAUACCUAGCGUCGAACGAUUCCACGAUACUUACAAGAUGGAUUGCCCCGCAGCCUUGAACCGCCUCCUCAUUUCAGGUGUCCCCGCCACCGUCGAGCAUAGGGUCGCUGCCGCCAUGUCUGCAACUACCUCCGCCCCUGUUGUCGCCGAAUGCGUGCAGAACUUUAUAACUUCCAUGGAUUCGUUGAAGCUCAACAUGCUUGCUGUUGAUCAAAUCCAUCCUUUGCUGUCUGACCUCUCGGCUUCGCUCAACAAGCUUACGAUCUUGCCUCCUGAUUUCGAAGGGAAAAUUAAGAUGAAAGAGUGGAUUGGAAGGUUGUCCAAGAUGGGAGCAGCAGAUGAGCUGACUGAGCAGCAGUCCCGGCAGCUUCACUUUGACCUAGAAUCAUCCUAUAACUCUUUCAUGGCAGCAUUGCCAUCUGCUGGGUCUUAACCCACCCCCCAUUAUCAAUGUAAGCAAAGCUUGUAGGAAGGAUUUGUAUUUGAAAAUAACAAUUAUUUUGAUGAACUUUUCCCUUGAAGCUAUUAUAAAAACAAUCAAAUCUUUUACAAGACUGAACUUAUGGCUCAAUAAAUAAAACCAAGUUUAAAUAAAACCAUUUUGAACCAUUUACCACAUACCAGU